AAAAGGACAUAAGAAAGUGAUCCCUUGUGGAAAGUAUGAAAAGGGCCAGGAGGGACAUGACACUGAUUUUCUUUCUGCAUUACUGCGGACUUUCGAAUAAUUCAUCUUGCUGUUUAUAUUCAAGCUUUCUUUUGACAUAAUUCUUGGUAUGGGCCUCUCUUAUGAAUUUAUUUUUCUUUCAGGCUUAGCUUGCAUGACAGUUAUGUUUAUUACGACAUUUCUCAUGGCGCUUGUCAUAAUUUUUGUGUGGCAAAGAAGUGUUGCACUUGCCACUUCCUUUCUCCUUUUAUUCUGGCUCAUCGAAGGCGUCUACCUGUCUUCCGCAUUCAUCAAGAUUCCACAGGGAGGAUGGGUCUCCCUUGUGCUCUCGUUUGUCUUCUUGGCUAUCAUGUUUGUCUGGCACUAUGGAACUCGCAAGAAGUACAAUUUUGACCUGCACAAUAAAGUUCCAUUGAAAUGGCUCCUUGGCUUGGGCCCCAGCCUUGGUAUCGUUCGUGUGCCAGGGAUAGGGCUGAUAUACUCUGAAUUGGCAACAGGAGUCCCAUCUAUCUUCUCUCACUUUGUUACGAAUCUCCCUGCAUUUCACAGUGUGCUGGUGUUUGUAUGUGUCAAAUCUGUUCCAGUUCCAUUUGUCUCACCUGAGGAGCGCUUCCUCAUUGGUCGCAUUUGCCCAAGACCCUAUCGCAUGUACCGUUGCAUUGUCAGAUAUGGUUACAAGGACAUACAGCGAGAUGAUGGGAAUUUUGAGGACCUUCUCAUCCAGAGUAUAGCAGAGUUCAUCCAAAUGGAAGCAGUCGAGCCACAACUGUCAAGCUCUGAGAGUCCAUCAUUUGAUGGGAGGAUGGCAGUUAUAAGCACGAGAAGUGUACAGUCAGGCUCAACGUUACUUGUCUCAGAGGAGGAUUUUGGUAUUAGUAAUUCCAUUCAAAGCAGCAAAUCUUUAACUCUCCAGAGUCUAAGAUCUGCUUACGAUGAUGAGAACCCACAGAUGAGGAGGCGCCGAGUAAGGUUUCGCUUGCCGGAAAACCCAGGCAUGGAUCAAGCUGUUAGGGAUGAGCUUUCAGAUUUAAUUCAGGCAAAAGAGGCAGGGGUCGCAUAUAUUAUGGGGCACUCUUACGUGAAGGCGAGGAGAUCAUCUUCUUUCUUGAAGAAGCUUGUUAUUGACAUUGGAUAUUCAUUUCUGCGCAAAAAUUGUAGGGGCCCCGCUGUGGCACUUAAUAUUCCUCACAUUAGUCUCAUUGAAGUUGGCAUGAUAUACUACGUCUAGGGUCUAGAGGGAGGAUGGUUGGCCGUGGACGAGUUUUUUAUUUGUCACACCUCUCCUGUUGUUGCCUGCUGAAUGUUUCGUGCGGUAGUCUUAUGGCUAAUAUUGUGAUCCUCUGAUUUGUUGUGUAAGGCCUAUUUAAAUAUUUUCGUAUUCAGCACAUUGAGUAGUUGUAUGUAUAUAGCAUUAUAUGCGGGCUUUGAUGACUUAGCAUGCUGGAAAUACACCCUGGAUAUGAGCAGGCACAUAUGUUUAAGCUCACUCAUUUUUAUUGCCACAAAAGUAAAAUAAAGUAGUCUUUGUUUGUAUU